AUGGAUCGGCACCUGAUCCCUUGGGCGCUGUAUGACUUGUCCGGAGCUCGAGCUCCGGAAUCUCUCGAAACGAUGCAGGACUACUUCCGGCGUUUCCGUGGGUUGCGUGGAAAGAGUCUUGAUGGCAUCUCGUACGAGUCGCUCCAGUGGUCAUGGUGUGCGUUCAUCCGGAGGUGGAACCGGAUGCUUGAAGAUGGAAGAAACUUUCAGCAGUGGCUGGCCAAUCGUGAAGAUAUCCACGCCGAUAAUUCCAUCGGUGUACUGCGCGAGAAGAUCUGUGAAAACGCAUGGAACGUAGAUCGACUCUGCUACGUUCACGUGCACGAAUCUUGA